AUGUCUUCCACACUACUCAAGACCAUCGUUCUUCUCGCCCUCGCCAGCUUGUCAGUGGCUGACCUCCACACAACUGCUAUCUGCAUAAAUGACUCAUCCUCAGGAGAUGGCGUAUACAACUCCAAAGCGACAAUCGCCUCCUGCACAAAUUACUUCAACAGAAACACGGGCUCCGAGCAGUGGGAUACAUGUCCUGAUUGCGUAAUGAUUACAACUGGUAUUCCCCAUUGUAGCUCACCUGCAGAACACAUGGGUGGUGACGAGAUUACAUAUUAUUGCAAACAGAAUGGGGCAGACAAUGCUUUGACUUCGUAA